UAAGAAUAGCUUGUUCUAGUCACUUCCGGGGCGGAUCGGAAGUUGCUUUGUUUUGCUUCAAGAUGGCUGCUGGGAUGUAUUUGGAACAUUAUCUGGACAGUAUUGAAAACCUGCCCUUUGAAUUACAGAGAAACUUUCAACUCAUGAGGGACCUGGACCAAAGAACAGAGGACCUAAAAGCUGAAAUUGACAAGUUGGCCACUGAGUAUAUGAGUAGCGCCCGCAGCCUGAGCUCCGAGGAGAAGCUGGCCCUGCUCAGACAGAUCCAGGAGGCCUAUGGCAAGUGCAAGGAAUUUGGUGAUGACAAGGUGCAGCUUGCCAUGCAGACCUAUGAGAUGGUGGACAAACACAUUCGGCGAUUGGAUACAGACCUGGCCCGUUUCGAGGCGGACCUGAAGGAGAAACAGAUCGAGUCGAGUGACUACGACAGCUCUUCUAGCAAAGGCAAAAAGAGCCGGACUCAGAAGGAGAAGAAAGCUGCGCGUGCUCGCUCCAAAGGCAAAAAUUCGGAUGAGGAAGCCCCCAAAGCUGCCCAGAAGAAGUUAAAGCUCGUGCGCGCAAGUCCCGAGUACGGGAUGCCCUCGGUGACCUUCGGCAGUGUGCACCCCUCGGAUGUGCUGGAUAUGCCUGUGGAUCCCAACGAGCCCACCUAUUGCCUUUGUCACCAGGUCUCCUACGGAGAGAUGAUCGGCUGCGACAACCCCGAUGUGAGAGCCCUUUUCCUCAGGUGUUCCAUCGAGUGGUUCCACUUUGCCUGUGUGGGACUGACCACCAAGCCCCGGGGGAAAUGGUUCUGUCCACGUUGCUCCCAAGAGCGGAAGAAGAAGUAGAUGACGCCUUGGGUUCCUUGCAGUUUCUUCACAUCUCCUGACCAGGGCUGGUGGGCAGAGGCGUGUGCUGGGCCAGGGGGCUGGGAGAAGCAGAUGGUGUGGUGCUGUCACCCCCUCUCCUGGUCGCUCGCUCCCCACUCCCAUGCCGAGGCUGCAUCCAAACCCUGCAGGGAGGGUGCCAUGGCCACCGAUGGUAUGUGCCCUCAUGCAUCCAGCCGUCCCCUUCGCAGGAGUGCGAUCUUGCCUGCUGUCCUGUGCCUCUGUGCUGAGGUUGGUGCUGUAUUUCAGAGGGAAGGUCCUCCUCACUCUCCUUGCUUUGGAUUUAAGGACGGGGCAGUAACACUGGGCAUGCCCCUGCCCUAAUCUCCUCUCCCGCAGGGGCUAGAUGUGUAAUACACCUCCCCCCAUCUUUCUGUUUCCCAUGGGAAGGUCCCCCAGAUCAUCUGAGCCGUGGCCCUAGUUGAAGGGACACCUGAGGGGACUCAUCCCGGCCUUGUGAGUGGGAGAAGGGGGUGAAGUGAAAUGCAGAUGACUCCCAUGUAAAAGGAGUUUGGUAGGUAAAUAAAAGCUAUCUGUGUUGGCC